AUGCUCUGUAAAAUUAGGUUUCUCGUGCCAGUUGAUAGAUCCGAGCCUCUGCUGAUGCACCACCAAUUCAAGAAAUCUGUAGCUCUGGCCGCUAUCCUCGGCAUCAAGAGCAUGGUUCUAUCAUUCAGGUAUCAAUGGUAG